AUUCUAUUUACAACAACAACCUAGUUUCUAAAACGUUAGAAACUGUCUUUGCAGUCUCUUUACUAUUAGCAGGGCGUUCUACGUUGCUAGGGUUAGUAGCCUUGAGAAACGCGGCCAGACGCGUCAGCCAUGAGCUCUACGGCCUGGGUUUCUCGCGUCGAAGUGCGCGCUGGCGAAAGCAGAGUUAGGGCGGACAAGGUCCACUCGAUCCUCGCCAAUCGACUCAAGCACGGGGAUGAGCAAUACCUUGUGCGAUGGAUAACCAAGUCUUCGACACCGAACCCGCCAUUGAGUUGGCACUACAUCUGGGAGCUGAGCCGGUGCCUGGAGCAGGUACAGGUAUACCUGGAUAGCAGGGAGGAGGCACUUGGAAACCUACCCCCUCAGGAACACCCAUCUAAGCGGAAGUCACCUGACAGCGGCGACGCGGAUAGUGAGAGACACCCUUCGCCGUUUGGGCGGCGCCUUAAUGAUGGAAGCCGUGAAUCCUCAUCGUCAAGAUCGUCCUCACUGGUUCCUCUGACUGGCGCAACAAGGAGCUUAGGAAUAGAGAUAUACAAUGGGGUGAUCAAGUCGGAAUAUAACAUCAUUUAUGGCAAAGCUGCAUCAGCUCCAGACAUCCCCAAACUCGAACUUUCCCGCGUUCCUACUCCCUGGAUGCUCCAGGAAUCAUGGUCAUCAAAAGUCGAUGUUGCAGCCAGAAUGAUUAGGACAGAAUACGUUAGGAGGCUGGCGAAAGUUCCUGGACCCCCUAUCCACCUUGUCAAUAUCUAUGACUCUACAACCCCGUCGCUGCGAUUCAAGUACAUUACUGAAUACGUCUACGGUGAGGGUGUUGUCCGGGCGGAUCCUGGUAGCCAAGUAGGCUGUCAAAAGUGCUCUCCUAGCAUGAGUCGCAACAUUGGCUGUGAAUACACGCAGAAAUGCGACUGUCUGGAGUUUGCCGACGUUGACGAAAAACGCCUGAGAGAAGACCAGAGAGCGCUCUACGAAAAGGUGAUGGCAGAAGGGGGCUCUACUGUUGGGUUUCCUAAGAAAUUCCCCUACUACACACAGGACACUACAACGCAUAAGCCUGGCACGCUUGUAGGCUUCUACCUGCACUCUCGGCGCAUGAUAUACGAAUGCAACGACAAGUGCAAGUGCGGCAAUUACUGUCGUAACAAGAACGUACAGUUUGGUCGCAGGAAGGAGGUGGAAAUCUUCAAGACGCCUGACGGUCGUGGAUGGGGCCUACGAUGCAAAGAAGAUCUCGUAGAAGGCGAGUUUAUUGACACGUACCGCGGAGAGGUCAUAACAGAUGCCGAAGCAACGCGGCGUGAGCGAUCUGCAUCUAAGGCCAAAGCUUCUUAUCUCUAUGAGCUGGACAAAUUCGCAGACGACAAUAUAGACCCAUCCAGGAUCUGUGUUGUCGACGGCGAGUUCAUGGGCGGUCCUACCAAGUUCAUCAAUCACAGUUGCGAGCCAAACUGUCGACAGUACACUGUCAGCUACAACAAGUUUGACAUCUAUAUCUACGACAUUGCGCUCUUCGCUUGCAGGGACAUUCCUGCUGGCGAGGAGUUGACGUUUGACUACAUGGAUAGGGAGGAAGAAGAGGGGGACAGUAAGACUCCUGAACCGGGCGAAGGGGGGGUCCCGUGUCUCUGUGGGGCGAAGAAGUGCAGGAAAUGGCUCUGGACGUGAGCAUUGGGCUCAGACAACGACAGCAGCGAAACAGUGCAGGAAAUGACCCUGGACGUGAGGCGGGCUCAGACACAACGAAGGCAUCUUCUAGCUUGGCCACCCAAGGUGCUUACCUUCUUACCAAGUCGGUUCAUCAGCAUGGCGAAGCGGCUUU